AUGGGAGAACCCGAUAUAAAUACACUAAUUGCGCGACGCGGCCAAAUAAAGGCUAUAGUAACUCGGUUUCAAAACUAUCUAAAAUCACCCGAUUGCGACAUAAAACAAAUACCACCACGUCAGCUCAAAAUAGAAGAAGCUUGGCAAAAUUUCGAGUUAGUGCAAACAGCGAUUGAAGAAUUAGAGAAUAAUACUAGCACAACAGAUCAUUCACAAUAUAGAAUUGAUUUUGAAAAUUUAUUUUUUGAGACGGUUGCGGAGGCCGAACAAAAAAUUAGUUCUAUUAGGGCAAACCAAAACGAAACAUCAUUCCGUAACUCGAACAACGGAGAGAGCAUUAAUUCGACAUCGUCGAUCAUAAAAUUAGCAGCGUUAAAUAUACCAGUAUUUAAUGGUAGUUAUAAUGAUUGGGUAUCGUUUAAAGACAUUUUUACUGCAUUAAUCCACACAAAUAGUAAUUUAACACCAAUUCAAAAAUUUUUUUAUUUACGUUCUUCUCUUAACGGCGAUGCAGCAAAUUGCAUAAAAAAUUUCGAAACUACGGCUAUAAAUUACGAGCACGCGUGGAAGACGUUGACUGCGCGUUACAAUAAUGAAAAAUUAUUAAUUCAAUGUCAUGUCAAAGAUAUUUGUGAGUUAAACGUAGUCAAAGAUAAUUCAUCGGAUAGUUUGCGAAUGUUUUCGGAUUCACUGCGUACUCAUAUAUCGGCACUUGAAGCAUUAAAGCAACGACCAACCGAUUGGGGACCUCUACUUAUACACAUAAUAUGUUCAAAAUUAGACUCAAACACACUAACUGAAUGGGAGGUGAAAUCGCCAAAAACCGAAAUUCCAAAGAUCGAAAAUUUAAUGAUAUUUUUAGACGACCGUGCACAGAUUUUAGAAGCAGUUAAUGAAAUUGAAUUGUGUAAAUUAUGCUUACGUAAACAUGAUUCCAAAAAAAGAUGUUUAUCCCGAAAUUGUUUCAAAUGCGGAAAAACACAUAAUACAUUACUGCAUAUUGUCCAACAUAAAAUCAACAAUGAUGCGAGAUCGAUAACGGAAGGAAAAUCAAAUCACUCUUCAACUCAAAUUGACGUAAAUUCCUCGAUAAGCGCGCACUCGCAUGACAAAAACUACGAGCAGGUACUUUUAUCGACAGCGAUCGUACGAGUAUUUGGUGAAAAUAAAAGUUCGUCAUUAUGUCGUGCCUUAUUAGAUUCAGGUUCACAAAGUAAUUUCAUUACUGAAGAAUUGGUGCAAUGUUUAAAAUUAAAAAGGUCAAAAACUAAUCAUCAAAUUAGUGGUAUCGGAACAACAGUACAGCAUGCACAUUCAUAUGUUAUCGCUCAGGUGAAAUCGAAAUUUAACGACUAUAGUUUUACCUUAAAAAUGUUAGUAGUGCCGAAAAUUACGAACGAUAUACCUGCGAAACACAUAUAUAAUACGGGUCACAUACCGCAGAACGUAAGCUUAGCUGACCCAUUAUUCUGGUCUCCACAGAAAGUUGAUUUAUUAAUAGGCGCGACACAUUUCUACGAUUUAAUGAGUGAACGUCGAAUUAAACCUGUACCGAACGGUCCAAUAUUCCAAGAAACAAAACUCGGAUGGGUAGUAUCGGGGCCUACGCAAAUUUACAAUCAUAAGGUUGAACCGUUAAAUAACAGUAUAUGCUACACCGCGUCGAUACAUACCAACGUGACAUUAGAAAAUAUGUUACCACGAUUUUGGCGUGUAGAAGAAUUUGAAGGAGAUAACACCUAUACUAUUGAAGAAAAGACAUGCAAAAGUAUUUUUGACAAAACUGUGAUAAGAGAACCAGAUGGUCGAUUUACAGUACAUUUACCAUUUCGCGAAAAUUCAUUACGCUUAGGCGAGUCUUACAAUAUCGCUAAGCGUCGUCUAUUAAACCUAGAAAGUCGUCUUGCAAACAAUACAAAAUUAAAAAAUGAAUAUACACAUUUUAUGAAUGAGUAUACAAGUUUAGGACACAUGGAGCAAGUACAAGACGACCAAAUUAAUGAUAAAGAAGAAGCAUAUUAUUUACCGCAUCAUGCGGUUUUCAAAGAAGCGAGUACGUCGACUCGACUUCGCGUUGUUUUUGACGCUUCAUGCAAGACUAGUAACGGCGUUAGUUUAAACGAUGUAUUGUUGAAAGGACCGGUUUUGCAAGACGAUUUGGUAUAUAUACUCGCUCGCUUCCGAACACAUAAUUUCGUAUUGUCCGCGGAUAUCACGAAAAUGUACAGACAGUUUUGGGUAACAAAAGCUCAUAGAAUAUUUCAACGAAUCUUAUGGCGCACAAAUCCACAGGAAAAUAUUAACAUUUUUCAACUUAACACGGUUACUUACGGAACCGUUCCUGCGUCUUUUUUGGCCACCGGAUGCUUACAUAAACUAGCCGAUUCGCAAAAUGUCGAUCCUAUAAUAGCAGCGGCCAUAAAGCGUGACUUUUAUAUGGAUGAUUUUUUAGGCGGUACUAAUUCUUAUGAAUCAGCUGUUCAAUUACGAGAUGGUCUAAUUAAGACAAUGCAAUCCGCAGGCUUAGAAUUGCGAAAAUGGGCUUCGAAUAAUGAUAAUUUAAUUAAAGAUGUAAUGUCAAUAAAAGAAGAUAGUAAAGACACGGUCCCCAUUAGUGACGACAAUUCGAUAACAAAGGUUCUGGGAUUGUUUUGGAACUCAACCACUGAUACGUUACAAUUUGAAGUGCAACAAAAUAAUUUUACAAUCAUAAGUAGAAUUACGAAACGCGAAAUCUUGUCGGUAAUCGCAUGCCUAUUUGACCCAUUAGGACUAGUGGGUCCCGCUAUUAUACGGGCCAAGCUUAUGUUACAGCAGUUGUGGCGAUUAAAAAUACAAUGGGACGAACCGCUUCCGAACGAGAUUCAAGAACAAUGGAUUACCUAUAGAAACUCUUUGUGUGAAUUAAAUAACCUAAUUAUACCUCGACAAAUUACGUGUAAAAACGAUAUCGUAAAUAUACAAAUUCACGGGUUCUCGGAUGCGAGCAUCAAUGCGUAUGGCUGUUGCUUAUAUUUACGAUGUACAAAUUCGGAUGGUGUGCACACUUCAAAAUUAAUAUGUGCAAAGUCCAAGGUGGCCCCAUUAAAAGUUAUAUCUUUACCUCGAUUGGAGUUAUGCGCAGCGCUUUUAUUGUCAAGAUUAUCGAGUAAAAUAGUUCCAAAAUUAAAUUUGAAAAUUAGUAAAAGUUAUUUUUGGUCUGAUUCGAAUAUUGUUUUAUCGUGGAUUACUUCCCCUUCUACCAAAUGGAAAACCUUUGUGGCCCAUCGUGUUGGGGAAAUUCAGGAACGAACUUCUAUUGCGGAUUGGUCACACGUCGACACCAAGGAAAAUCCAGCUGAUAUUAUUUCACGCGGUUGUUGUCCGUCGAAAUUAAGUUCAUUGUCAUUAUGGUGGUUUGGUCCUAAAUGGCUAAUUAAAAAUGAAAUAGAGUAUCCCGUACUAAAGACGUCUUCGAAUUCAACAAAAUUAAAAAUACCCGAAGCUCGAGAGAUAACGAUAUCUAAUGUGUGUACAAAUACGCUGAAUGAUAAUUUUUCCUUAAUUAAUCAUUAUUCGUCAAUAAACAAAUUAAUUCACGUAACAGCUUAUUGUUUACGUUUUCGGUACAAUGCAUUACACAGAAAUUCAAGGUUAACAGGAAUGCUUAGCGUGGAAGAAAUUAAAUACACGCGUAUUGUUAUUAUACGAUGUGUUCAAAAAAGAUCAUUCCCUCGUGAAAUAAAAGAUUUAAUAAAAUUGAAAAACGUAAGCGCGUCUAGUAAAUUGUUUCGUCUGUGUCCAUUUAUAGACCACGACGGUUUGAUAAAGGUGGGAGGUCGUUUGAAGAACGCCGCUUCGAUAGACAUUUAUCAACGACACCCGAUCGUCUUACCCGCAGAUGACCAUUUUACGCGUUUAUUAUUUAAACACGAACACGAAAGAUGUAUGCACGGGGGCCCACAAGCGACCCUAUCGACGAUACGAUUACAAUAUUGGCCGCUAAAUGGUCGAAAUAUAGCACGAAGUACAGUGCAUAAAUGUGUGAAAUGUUUUAAAUAUAAACCGAUUGUCGUACAACCUAUUAUGGGACAAUUACCUGCAGACCGCGUAGAACCGGCUCGCGCGUUCCUAAAAUGUGGGAUUGAUUUCGCUGGUCCGUUUUUGAUUAAAUCUAGUUUACGUCGCAAUGCUCCUUUAAGUAAAGGUUAUGUAUGCAUUUUUGUAUGUUUUACAACCAAGGCGACUCAUUUAGAAUUGGUUAGUGAUUUAUCUACACAGGCUUUCAUCGGAGCGCUAAACCGUUUUUUUGAUAGACGAGGUAAAAGUAGCGUGAUAUAUUCCGAUAAUGCUACCAAUUUUGCCGGUGCAAAUAAUAAAUUAAAAGAAUGGUACGAUUUAUUUCAAGUCGAUAAACAUAAAACAAAGUUGGAUGAGGUCUUGAAGAACAAUGGUGUACAGUGGAAAUUUAUACCUGCGCGCUCCCCGCAUUUCGGCGGAUUAUGGGAAUCCGCCGUGAAAUCUAUGAAGAAUAUAGUACGAAAGACACUAGGUGACGCUCAUUUAACAUAUGAAGAAUUUAAUACCGUUCUCACGCGCGCCGAAGCAUGUUUAAAUUCCCGUCCUCUUACACCUCUUUCUACCGAUCCUAAUGACUUGGGGGUAUUGACACCCGGUCAUUUCCUAAUAGGUGACUCUCUGCUGGCAAUUCCCGAGCCUGACAUAUCUGAUGUCAAAACCAACAGAUUGACGCGAUGGCGUAGGUUAAGUCAUUAUUCUCAAAUAAUUUGGAAGAAAUGGAGUCGUGAAUAUUUAAAUCAACUUCAGGAGAGGAAAAAGUGGUCAGGUGAGAAGGGACCUAAGUUAGAUAUCGAUACUGUAGUAUUAGUUCGAGACGAAAACAUCUCCCCCUUAAAUUGGAAGCUGGGUCGUGUGACGAAGGUUCAACGAGGUCCCGACGAUAUCAUUCGUUCAGCUGAAGUUAAAUUGGUAAAUGGUUGUAUUACACGAGCAGUGCGAAACUUAUGUCCACUUCCCUUUGAUGGAAAUAUAUCUAAAUAACUAAAUAUUUAUUAUACCUUUUAUAAUUGUGUAUUUAUUAUAAUCAAAUAUCGAAAUUUAUUAUAUCUUAACUUAUUUUAUAUAUUAUUAUUUAUUUGUUUAUUAUAUUAUUAUUAUAUAUAUUUUUUAUUGUAAUUAUCAUUAGUUGAAAACAAAUGUUUCAAGGCGGGCGGCAUGUUGCGUAUGGAUAUCUAUAUUGCCAAAUGUUAUCAUUAUGUGUAUUAUAUUAUAUCGGUUUAUUGUUAUCCGUAUAUCGAUAUUGUUAUCGGCCUGGCCGGUCUGGGAUACCGACGGGUUUUUCGAUUUUUAUUAUAUGGUCAGUCGCGAAAGAUAUUAUAACGCAAAAGUGUCGACUCCGCUCUUAAAAUUAAAAGCAUUAAAUAAAUCUAAAUUACUUACUAUUUCAUAACAACAAAAUUCAUUAUUUAUUUUAUU